GAGUUCAGCUGUUUGGGUGUGUAUCUUGAAUCUAGCGGUAAAAAGCUAUUUUGCCUGUUCUUCCCACCCACCUCCUCUGUACACUUCACACAGCAAUUCGACAAUUGUCUGUGCCUUGGUGCCUUGGUGCCUUAUUUCUACUUGCUCUGUCCUCCCGCACCGAACCGCAACCGCAACCGCAACCGCAGCCCGUUCACACACCCACCCACCCUUUAUACGCCUUCCCAACUCCACAGUAGUCGCGUUCGUGCGAUUGAUGUGAACAUAUAAAGUCAACAAACGCUUCAACUUCAGAGCUCCAAAACCCGCAAUACCGCUUACGUUCCAAUCCUUCCAAUCCAAUUUUCCCAAUCGCAACAACUUCGAAUUCUCUCGCACAUAUUUUAAACCUCCAUAUCCAACAUUCCCCAGCUGCAAAAAAAGAACCGACCCUCCCGGGAUCGCAUGAACACACAUCCAACGAUAGCUUUGCGAAGGAGGAUAUCAAAAUGGGAAAGACAUUAACCUUGGGUCCGAAUUUACGGUACCCAAUUACAAUCACCAAGUUGUUCAAGAAACAUGGCGAUCAGAUUUCGAAACGGGACUCACUCCUCGAAUACAAAUACCAUUGGAAGCUAAUGGUUGGCGAUCCAUUGGGCGAACAAUGGGAAGAAGAACAAACAUCGUACGGGGCAUGGGAUAGUCCGUCUGAUGGCACUAUCGAGAAAUGGUUAGUCAAAGAAGGGGCGACGAUUGAGAGCGAUGGACCUGUUGUCGAUGUUGAAGAAAGUUGUUCGCAUGCUGUCCAGUUUGCGGGACUUUGUGGAAUGUGUGGAAAAGAUAUGACCGAGGUCUCUUGGGCCACCAGUUCGCUCGAUACAGACCGAGCGAGGAUCAAUAUGAUUCAUGACCAAACGCACCUCACAGUUAGUCUUGACGAGGCUUCAAAGGCAGAAGAAGAACUACAACGGCGGCUACUUAAGAAUCGAAAACUUUCAUUGGUGGUGGAUCUGGAUCAGACCAUUAUCCAUGCUUGUAUUGAACCUACUGUUGGAGAAUGGCAGCGCGACGUCAAUUCGCCAAACUACGAGGCCGUCAAAGAUGUGCGGUCAUUCCAACUUAAUGAUGAUGGUCCUCGUGGUCUCGCAUCUGGCUGUUGGUACUAUAUUAAAAUGCGACCUGGACUUGCGGAGUUUCUCGCAAAAGUCUCCGAAAUGUACGAGCUUCACGUUUAUACUAUGGGUACUCGAGCAUAUGCAUUGAAUAUUGCAAAGAUCGUCGAUCCUGGAAAGAAAUUAUUUGGUGAUCGUAUCAUCAGUCGAGACGAGAACGGCAACGUCACGGCAAAGAGCCUGGCUAGAUUAUUCCCUCAGAGCACACAUAUGGUGGCAAUUAUCGAUGAUCGCGCAGACGUUUGGCCAAUGAAUCGUCCCAAUCUUAUUAAGGUUGUUCCCUAUGAUUUCUUCACUGGCAUAGGAGAUAUAAAUUCAAGCUUUCUACCAAAGAGAGAAGAGCUUCCUAAAGUAUCAACACCCAAAAAGAAACAUCACUCAAAGCCGGAGACUAGCACACUUGAGACGGUGGAAACGCCUGUUGGAGAAGUUGCAAAGCCUACAGAACCUGAAGAAGGCGAAACCAAAUCUGCUGAAGAAACCAAGGAGGAACCAACGACUGAGAAACCAAAUCUGCCGAAACUUAACACGUUAGACGAUGAGGCUUCAUUGCUAGAACAAGCCGCGGAGCAAGAGAAAUUUUUGGAGCAACAAUUAAUCGAUCGACCUUUACUUCAUAAACAAGAGGAACUUGAUGAAGCCGAUAAAAAACAGGAAGAAGCAGAGAAAGCGGUUGAGGAUGGUAGUAUUGAACAUCACGCGCACCGACAUAGUGUUCUCAAGGAUGAUGACGUCGAAUUGACUUAUCUCCAACAACAUCUUGCGGAUUUGCACAGAGCUUUUUAUGAAGAAUACGACAAAGCUUUGGUCAAUGUUCCAGGUGGACGAGUUGCACAACUAAAACCUGGACAUCAAAGAAAGGUCAAUGUCAAAAAUGAAGCUGCCGAUCUGAAAGUAGUACCCAAUAUUGCAGUUGUGAUGCCGCGUCUCAAGUCUCAAGUCUUAGAUGGAUGUGUAAUAGUAAUGUCGGGUUUAGUUCCUCUGGGAGUUGAUCUUAUGAGAUCUGAAAUUGCUCAGCAGAUAGAAAGUUUUGGUGGCAAAAUUCAUAAAAAGGUUUCAAAAAGAGUGACUCAUGUCGUUGCCUCGUCACAAAAAACUCGUACACAAAAAGUUCGAGAAGCGGCCAAAUAUCCUCACAUUAAGAUAGUCACACAACAAUGGUUGACUCAGUCGAUGAGCAAGUGGAAGAAGGAAGAUGAAUCAGAGUAUCUGGUAGAGAUAAAUCCAGCUGAUAGAAGACAAAGUGGUGAUUUGACUAAUAUUCCAUCUCCUGGUGAAGAUAGUGAAGAAUCUUCAGACUACACCGAGAGCGAAGAUUUUGAAGAUGACGACACAAGAUCUGAGCUAGAUGGAGAAGGUGUCAUGCCGGAUGAACCACGAGGUGACAUCUCUCCAACGACGGAUCUCAACUGGUCAUCAAUAGAUGACGAACUAGCUGAAUUCAUGGGCGAUGAUGAAUCUGGCACGGAAAGUGACACAAGUUUCACCAGCAAUAACAGCAACAACAGUCGAACAUCACGGACAAGUUCAAGAAGAGGACAUAAACGAAGAUUUGACGAUACGACGGAUGAAGAUGAAAGUGAAGAAGAAAGUACAAUGGCAAAAAAGCAGCGAGUAGCUAAUUCAAGAACCACGAGUCUGAAAACUGUUAAAACGCCGAACAGUACAACGGAAUCUAGUCUUCUUACCCCGGGGGUCACGGGCGAUGAGAAUGACGAGGUUAAUCAAGUUAUGGCGGAGGAGAGUGAUCAUAGUUUUGAAGAUGAUCUGGAAGCUGAAAUGCAAGCCGCUUUCGAUCAGGAGUUGGAGGAAGAAGCGGCUGCUGCUGCCGGUUGAUUUUGCAAUUUGCAUUGCAUUGCACCUGGGUCGAACUUUGUCAAGAGUCCUUGCUGUCUGGCAUGAGGGGGGAUUGCACAUAACGAGGAAACGAGAAAUCUUGUGUCUGCCAUCAUAUCAUUUUGAAGCGUGGUUUAUUUAUUGCCUUAAAGGUGUUUUGUGGAUGGGAAUCGGGUGAAUGGGAAUGGCAUGGUUGGGAAUUGGGGUUGGGAGAUUUGGAAUUGGGCGGAAAGGGAUGGGAUGGAAUUGGUUUUGUGCAUUAGUGGGCGUUAUUUGAAGACUGAAGAAUUAUUGAGUUCAUGAGAUUGAGAUUGAGAUGAGUUUUACGAUGAGAUGAUUACGAGAGAUUUGCAUUUGACGAUGAUGAGGAUUGAUGUAUUAUAUGUACUCGAGAAUAGUAAAACCUUGAUGUUCAUUGGUUACGAACGCUCAGGCCAAGUCAAUUGUGCAGGAGGACUAUGAACUUCAAGCCUUGAAUUCAAGGCAUUAAUAAAUUA